CAAACCGAAACAGUAAACCCUCUCAACCUAUUCUCAUCGCCGUUCCCUGUCAAAACAUAUGUAAACAAAUCAAAAGAACACCAGCAGUGAAUCGAAUCAAUUUUUAAAAUGAUCACAACUGCAAGUACCGCGUCCCAAAGCGUGUGGCAUGUGCAUGGCAUAACGGCGCGCGUCAGACCCAUACCGAAAGCCCACGGAAAAGAGGGAGUACGUACCGAGGCCUACGAGCCCACUGCCGCAGAGACAUAAAAAGUCAUCUCCGCUAGGCUGACCAGCAUAAGCCAGUGAAAAAGCAGCAAACCGGCUCGAGCCAAGCCGGGAAAUAACUCCUCUCGGUGGUGAAUCUGGCCGCUUGCCGCUCGGAGUGAGGGAAAGGAAGCUCACAGUACCUACCUACCCUCUAUCCAAGCGACUAGACUCGGGUGCCCAUACCAAUCACUCGGUCCGUCCGACCUAGAGAGGUGAAAAAAACCAAAAACUGCAUCACUUUUAGACGCUUGCUAUAUAAAGACCCAUCAUCGGGGAUCUCGGGUCGCAGUUUGGAUCUUACUUUCUUUCCCUGUACAUAGUGUUUAUGUUCGAAACUGAUUUAGUUGCUAUCGCGGCAAGUGACAUUUCGAGGAACGUGAUCCGCUAGAUAAGACAAACCAAAGGUGCGUGAUCUCAAGGAAAAAAUAUCGACCAUGAAGCUUCUGAUAAUUUCAGUGCUCCUCGCAUCCACUUAUGCAUAUCCCCAGCACAACAAUAAUAACAAUAACAAUAUCAAUCACAAUGCGAACAAUAACUACGACCAGCAACAAUACGAGAAGCGUGUAGGAUCACACGAGACUACAACUUGGAUUCCCAUUUUGAAAUACAACAAAGAACAAGGAGAAGAUGGAAGCUACAAAACUGAGUACCAAACUGGAAACAACAUUGUCCACGAAGAAUCCGGAUACCUGAAGGACUUCUCCGAGGCCCAUCCAAACGGAGUCCUAGUCCAGCAGGGUGCCUACUCGUACGAGGCACCCGAUGGUCAGAUCAUUCACGUGCAAUACAUCGCCGAUGAGCGAGGCUUCCGGGUGACCGGAGACCAUCUGCCGACCGAACCACCCAUACCGGAGGGAAUCCGCAAGGGUCUGGAGGAAAUUUACGCCGGCAUCAAGCGCCGCGAAGAGGAGUACAAAUCGAAUCCUAAGUACGCGGAAACAGCAGCGCAGCGGGCCGAACUCGAUUACAACGGACAGUAUUACCAGCAGUAGCACAAAUUAGCGCAUGUGACUCGGCGGAAGCAACUAGUAAAUCGUGGCGGAUAUAGUCUUAUUGCCAACGUGCAUUUUUUGUUUAUAUUUAUACUAAUUUUAAUUGUCUCAAUACUCCACCUGAUCUUAAUGCUAAAUGUGAUCCAUUAGGACGCUUCCCGAAAGCAUGAGGAGCAGCAGAUGUUGUGUAAAAAGACUGUGAUUUUCCGCUGUCCGGCAUAAUAUUCAUCUGGUAGCUAAAUGUAAGACAGAAAUAAAUGAUCGAUAUUAUUCAGAUGGCAGCAA